AUGCAACUGUGCAAACCACAGUGUUUGGCAGAAAGAGAGACGGUAGAGGAGAAUGAGGAGAAAGAAGGAUUAGGAAAAACGAAGUUUUGGCUAGAGAAUUUGGAGGAAGAAUUCGCUCGAGGCGACGAUUUGUCAGCGGUUUCGUUUCGCCGCAAGAAGAAGGACGACAUCGCUGCCUCCAAGAGGGACGAGGCCAAAGGUCCGGUCAAGCCGGAGACCAAGGGUCCGUUUCAUGCGUCUCAAAUGUCUCCUUCCACCCUUUCAUCUCCUCUACAGUCGGUCACUCCCCGCGCUGCCGCGUUGCCGGCGAAGCCUCCCACGCUCGACGACAUUCCGGAUCUGAUCGAACAGAUGCUCACCUCGCAUGGCGAGCAGAGCGCCGCCGCUACGAAACGUAUCUACGAACUCUGUGACGUGGGACACAAACAGAAUCGUGUUCCGAUGGUCUGCAGUGGCAAGUACGAUGUGUUGACGCCACUCGCCAAGUGCCUGACCCAGGAAUCGGGUGACGGACGGCAUUUGGCCUGUUUGGCACUCAACAACCUCUCCAUCCCCACCGAAAACAAGCGCGUUAUUAGUCUAGGACCAGCCGCGGGAGCUGUCAUCGCUGGACUUACUCGGGUCAUUGCAGAAGACAAGCAGGAAUCCUACUUGUGUUGCAUUUGCCUCAUGAACCUUUCCUUCUUGGAGGCCAGUAUCACUUCCAUUUUGCAACAUUCUCCCGGACCCAACGGAAGAGACAUUCCUCCUCUCGAAAACCCCGAAUCACUCCUGCGUGUUCUCGAAAAGCUUUUGACAAACUCACCCGCCGUGCCCAAGUCUGGAUCGGGCAAGUCGGAAGGUGUCCGCUGGGCGUGUGGUUUGAUCAAGAAUUUGGCAAAAUCGGAAGAAAACGCCUCGUUGAUUGGUCAAACCGACAUCCCCAAGUGCGUGGUCGAGAAUGUUCGAUCGACCACUGCACCUCCUUCGCGAUGGACAUCGAACAGCUUGGAAGAUUUCUCGCUCUUUGUCAUUCUCAACUUGGCGCAAUGGCCCAUCUCGCGUGACUCUCUCAUCAAGGCGGGGGCUGUCGACGUCAUCAAGCCAAUCAUGUCCGAAGGCGAUCUACAGGGACUGAAGGCGACCAUGGCUUGUGGCUUUCUCGACGCGAACUGGGACGCGUUCCCGGAGGGUGGAAACCCCGCAGCCAAGUCUGUUUCCGAGCUCAUGACCAAUAUUAUCGAGAAAAAGGGCAAAGACGGCCAGUACGCCUACGGUGUCUUCAAGCUCUAUACCGCCACCAAGGCGUACCGCGAUCUAGGUCGUGCCGCCGCCAGGACUGGACAAGCCGAAUCGACGACCAAAGUUCUGGCCUUUCCGUCGGCUGUAGCAUUGUGCUUUCAGAUUAUUUCCGAUCUGGUCAUUUCUUCGACCGAUGAUGCCGAGGGUGGUUCCAAGUAUGUCCCGGAUGCCGCCUCUGCCGAAUACGCCGUCGGUGCCAUCGAAGCCAUGCUCCCGGCAAUUCUUCAGGCAGCAAAUCCCGCACGCAAAUCGGUUCAAUCGGAAAAGGCCACCGCCGAAAUCAGUCAGAUGCUUCACACGUACGCGGAUGUCAGCGGUACCAGCGACGAGGCCAAGACAUGCGCCAAGAAUGCCGCCGCCAAGAUCCGCGAAGCCGGAAGCUCAGCCAGGCCCAUUCUCGAAAUUUCGCACGAUCUCUGGACGCAAUACCGCAAACGUGAAGGACAACCGCUCGACCAAUUCAUCUCGAGUGAAAAGGGUAUUGAGGCGGAUAUCAACGGGCCUCUGGACUUUUUGCCCUGCAACAACCCCGACAGCUCGUGCACUAUUCUUUAAAAAGAGAAUCGGGUCGUCGAACGAAAAUGUAUACGCUUGCCUGGUUGCGCGUUGGAGGAUUGGAAACACACACACACACAGAGAAGGGACGAAAAGUAAAUGUAGACGGAUGGUUAGUAAAGAUUGCGUUUUUAUUCCAC